UGUCACCUUCCACAGUCUCAACUCUCAAAAACUGUGAAACGCGUUAACCGAGUUGAAGCUCCAUAGACAAAAAACUCUCAGAGAGAGAAAGCUUUAAUAGAGUUUGUUUUGGAAGAUAACACCAUGCGCAUGUUUGCAUCCCAACUCAGCACUUACCUGUGUAGACGAAGACCUGGGCAUGUUCAAUCCCGUAACUUCUCAUCCCAGAAUGCGAAAGAUGAGCUCGCUAUUGAACAAGAAGCUGAAAGAAAGAUAGGGUGGUUAUUGAAAUUGAUCUUUGCUGGGACUGCAACUGCUGUUGGUUAUCAGUUCUUUCCUUACAUGGGAGAUAAUUUGAUGCAACAGUCUGUGUCACUUUUGAAAGUCAAGGAUCCCUUGUUUAAAAGAAUGGGAGCUUCUAGAUUAGCCCGUUUUGCAAUAGAUGAUGAGAGGAGGAUGAAAAUAGUGGAGAUUCGUGGAGAGCAGGAGCUUGUAAAUAUGUUGGGAGAUGCUAGAGACGAUCGUACACGGAAAGAAGCACUGAAGGCUCUUGCUGCCCUUUCCGGCUCAGAUGAAGCAGUUGGAGCUUUACACCGUGCUGGGGCAAUAUCAGCUAUAAAGUCCACUCCACAAUCCUUUGAGGAUGCUGAAAUCGAGAAAUAUAAGUCAAGCCUACUCAAGAGAUUCCAAGAUCUGAGAUAUGAUAUACCGUCUUGAGAUUUUCUGAUGAUAAAACUAGUUUGUUCAGCUUUAAACGUGAGACACAGUUUUGUGAGAAAGCAAUCUCCAAAUUUGGAAGAGAUAUGUGUUUUACCAGGGAAAAUUAAAGUGCCUCGUAUCUUCUUGUUCACUCUAAUAAAAUGAGUUGAAAACUUAUCCUUCAUGCAAUUGUUUUUGUCUCUCAUAUGCAACAAUAUUUUCUGUUUGCUUAUUUUGUGUAACUGGUGGUAAAUCAUAAGAGUCUAUAUGCCAAUGACUCUGAUUUGUAUUGAAAAAACGUUUUUCUCUGCUCUAAAGUUGACAAUAUAGUGUAUUAAAUUACUGUGACUAGGCAACACUUGCACCGUU